CACCUCUUCACUUCCCAAAGAUUUAAGCUUCAUCACCUAGCUAAAAACACUAGCAAAAUGAAGCAGCAAGCCCUCUUUUCAUUUUCACUUCUCCUUCUCUUUCUCCACUCCAGAACUUUUGCUCAAUCACCAGCUGCUGCUCCAGCACAACCACCACCAGUAGCCCCAGUAAAAGCACCACCUGCACCUCCUGCACAGUCACCAUCAGGAGUUCAAGUAGCCCCAUCACCUGGUCCCCUUGAUGUCGUUAAGAUCCUCGGAAAAGCUAGCCACUUCUCGGUGUUCGUCCGUUUAUUGAAAGCUACCCAGGUGGAUACUGAGUUAUUCUUGCAGCUCAAUAACACCAACAAUGGCGCAACCAUUUUUGCACCAAGUGAUGGUGCGUUUUCAGGACUCAGAGUAGGUACCCUCAAUUCAAUAAGCGAUGGAGAUAAGAUUGAGCUGGUGAAGUUUCACAUUGUGCCUUUGUUCAUAUCAACUUCUCAAUUCGAUACUGUGAGUAACCCAAUAAGGACACUGGCCGGAGCAGGGAACCGAUUUGCUCUCAAUGUGACCACCGGAGGAAAUUUAGUGAACAUAACUACAGGACUCACCAAUACAACCAUUUCUGGAACUGUGUACACUGAUUCUCGGCUUGCUAUUUAUCAGGUUGACAGGGUGCUACUUCCUCUGGACAUGUUCACUCCUAAGUCUCCAUCUCCGGCUCCGUCGCCAGCACCGGCUCCAGAAAUGCCUAAGAAGGCUCCGGUUGUUGAGACUCCUGUUGCUCCGAAGAAGGAUAUUUCAAGUGCAGUAAGCUUGAUGGUGUAUGAUUAUGUAUUGCUGGAAUUCUUUGCAGUUGGUAUUGUUACUGCAAUGGUUUCCUUCUGAAAAAGCCUUGUCGGCGUCCAUGCAUGGGAAACUUUAUUUUUUUUUUUGGUAUUUCACGGUUGUGGGAAGUUGGGUGAUUGAGUAGAGAUUCGAGUGAGUGUUUCUGAAUAAAGUGUUAAUAUAUAUUUUAGACCUUUAUUGUAUGAAAAAUUUUGUCUUUCAAC